AUGGACAACAUACACGCUCCAACCGUGCCCUCGGGCCCAGCCAGCAAGACGUCGAGGAACGGUGACCUUGGUCGCCUCUCUUUUGCCGAGCUACAGAAGAAGAAGGAAAACAUGGAGGCUGAAUUGAAAGCUCUGGGCGCAGUCCUCGACUCUCACGGGGUUGACAUGAACACACCUCUCACAACUCAAGAUGGCUUUCCAAGAGCCGAUCUCGAUAUUGCCCAAGUGCGUACUACCAGAGCCCGCAUCAUCCACCUCCGCAAUGACUACAAAGAGCUCAUGGCCAUGGUUGAGAAACAACUCCAUGAGCACUUUGCCAGCUUGCAGGAAGAGGAGGUACCCGAAGUUCCGCUCCCCGGGGGUGCCAACAACACCCUGGCAGAUCAUUCGGCAUCUCAGCCGCUCGAGGAGCCAUUCGCAAAGGUCAACACUGUGGUUCCGGGAAGCCCAGCCGAGUUAGCUGGCCUAAAGCCGAAUGACCAAAUCCGCAUAUUCGGCUAUGUCAACAGCUCAAACCACGACAGUCUUGAGAAGGUGGCCGAAUGCGUACAAGGGAAUGAAGGUCGACCUGUUCUGGUCAGGGUAUCUCGGCCCAGCCAAGGGGCGCGGGAGGAGCUGCACGUAACCUUGACUCCGAGACGUAACUGGGGUGGCAGAGGUUUGCUGGGCUGUCACAUCCUACCUUUGUGA